CUGAUGGGAAUGUUCAGUGUAAUGCAGUCAGUUCUGGCCAGGCGGUGACACUGAGCUGUUCUUGGCCCGGAGGCAACCCUGCUGCAAAUGUCACCCUGAUAUUUCAGAAUCAGAUAUACACAGCACAGGAUACACUGGCUCUGGAUAUACUCCUUGGUACUUUCUCAUCUGGGGCAGAACUGGCCUGCUUGGGUACACAAGAGGGACAGAUUACAGUCAGCACCAUGAUCUUAGAAACUCCAAUAGGUGCAACCAGUAACUCUGUCUCUUCAGUUAUGGAAGGAGAAAACAUCACCAUGUCUGUUAACUUAAACUGGAGCAGAACUGUUUCUCCUGGAUUUCAAGUACUUCCUGCAACAUUCUCCUGGUUCCAUCUUAACCCUGACCCUUCUCUUUUAACCAAUGGAGAAAAGAGCUCAGUCAUUUCCAGUCAUUAUAAAUCAGAGCUGGUGAUAUCUUCAGUGACUGCCAGUGAAAGUGGAAUUUAUAAAUGUGUCGCGGAAAACUUUUUGGGAAACUCAACAUUUUCCUUUGAACUCAGUGUGAAUACAGGUUCCAGCAGCAGCCAACUCUCCCCUGGUGCAAUAGCCGGCAUUGUGAUCGCUGCCCUGUUUGUUGUAGCGCUGAUACCUCUCACCGUAAUCUUCAUUCUCCACAAGACCAACAACAACAACUGUGCCCUUGUGAGCACCAAAACACUGUCUUUUGAUAACACACCUACAGCUCCCACAUAUGAGAAUGCAGAAACCCCAGCUGCAAACAACGCUACUUAUGACUGUGUUAUUAUAACUUCAGAGGAGAACAUGGCAGGAAAUAAUCCCCAUGAAUCAGCCUAUCAGGAUCUUCAGUUUCCCCAUCAUGAUUUGUAUAAGACUUUAAAGAAAAUUUCCAGUUAAUAAUUAAGCUUAUUCCCAAUGCUGAAAAUGAAAUACAGGCUCAUGAGCGAAAAGCAACCCUGUUCCUAAAAAAGAAGCAAAUGAGUUUUGGGUCAGAACACCCAGUUUUUGGGUUGUCCCAGGAGAACAAAACUGGGGUCACACAGAGAUGUCAAUUUGCCCAGACCUUGGGUGAAGGUACAUUGGGAAAAAGAAAUCAGUGUGGCGACAUCAGUGGACUCUUUACCUAUUUUGCUUAUUAGAUGUGACUUGGGACAGGUCUGAAGCUGAACUGUUUGCAGAACUACAUUGGAAUGUAUAUGGGAUAAACAUGUAAGAGCAUAUUCUUCCAAAAGGAGAGAGGUGUGAAACACAGACUUGUGAAGCCACCAGCACACCCUGGCCUCUUUAAUGUAUACACGCUCGGUGCUUGGUCCAGUAGGGUUUGUCACCCUGUCAAUUAAGCCAGUAGAAGAAAGGACCAACACAGCAGAGCUAAUGCAAUUAUUCAUUGUAUUAUAUUAUUCAUGUUAUAUAUAAAGCAUAAUGUAAUGUUUUUGCUCACCUAAACUCG